AUAUGAACCAAGAUAUUUAUGUUUCAAGUCCCUCCCCUCCACCACUUGCUCGAUCUAUUAUAGCUAUAGCCAUAGCUAUUAGCUUAUACAACAUGGUUAUAUAACACACACCGGCGUCACCAAUUUUCUAUUACUCAUUACUCAUUACUCAGCGCCACUCGAAAUCAAAUACACACAAUUGUGUAUUUUUUCUUUAUUAUUAAUAUGGAACCGGCAGCUAAUAUUUCAGCUACAAAAAAUCAGCAGAGAAACGGCAGCUACAACUAUAAUAACACUAAUGAAAACGACAUCGUUAGCUGGUUUGAAGAAGUGUCGGAAAACGCCGGUUGGGUACAGACUCAGACCCUUCGCUGGAUACUGGAGCUGAAUUAUGGUGCGGAGUAUUUAAAGAAAUGGUUUGGUGGCAUAGAUAUCCAUGAGUUAGACGCAUGUGCAUUGGAAUCCCUUUACACCACUUUGGUUCCUCUUUCUUCUCAUUCUGAUAUCGAGCCCCUUAUUCAAAGAAUUGCAGAUGGGGACACUGCUCCUCUCCUCACUCAACAACCAAUCACCACUCUCUCUCUAAGCUCCGGUACAACAGAAGGCAGGCAAAAAUUUGUACCUUUCACUCGGCACAGUGCCCAAACCACACUUCAAAUAUUUAGAUUGGCAGCAGCUUAUAGAUCAAGGGCUUUCCCUACAAAGGAAGGAGGGAAAAUACUUGAAUUCAUUUAUAGCAGCAAACAGUCCAAAACCAAAGGUGGAUUAACAGUAGGAACAGCCACAACUCACUAUUACAACAGUCAAGAAUUCAAAAUCAAGCAAGAGAAAACUAAGUCCUUUACUUGUAGCCCACAAGAGGUCAUCUCAAGUGGAGAUUAUAAACAAUCAACUUACUGUCAUCUCUUACUUGGGCUCUUCUUCUCUGACCAAGUUGAGUUCAUUACCUCCACUUUUGCCUACAGCAUAGUCCAGGCCUUUACUUCCUUUGAAGAGCUUUGGAAAGAGCUGUGUGCUGAUAUAAGAGAAGGCACUUUGAGUAGCUCAAUAAUCAAAUUGCCAAAACUAAGGAAAUCAGUCUUGGAAAUAAUCUUUCCUUACCCAAGUUUGGCUUCAAAAAUUGAGGCCAGUUGCAGGGAGUUGGAAGAUUUGGAUUGGUUUGGUCUCAUUCCAAAAAUUUGGCCCAAUGCCAAGUAUGUUUACUCAAUAAUGACUGGCUCUAUGCAACCUUACAUGAAAAAGUUAAGGCACUAUGCUAAGGAUUUGCCAUUAGUUAGUGCUGAUUAUGGGUCGACAGAGAGUUGGAUUGGGGCUAAUUUAGACCCUUGUUUACCUCCUGAAAGGGUCACUUUCGCAGUGAUUCCUACCUUUUCUUACUUUGAGUUCAUACCACUUUAUAGGAUGAAGAGGAAUUGCAUUUCAGUCAGCGAUGACUUCAUAGAAGAUGAACCAGUCCCACUCUCCCAAGUCAAGGUUGGACAAGAGUAUGAGAUUGUCCUCACCACUUUCACAGGGCUUUACAGGUACAGAUUGGGGGACGUAGUGGAAGUAGCAGGAUUCUAUAAAGGGACACCAAAAUUAAACUUCUUGUGCAGAAGAAAGCUUUUGCUAACGGUAAAUAUCGACAAAAACACAGAAAAGGACCUCCAAAUAGUGGUGGAGAAAGGGUCAGAACUGUUGACCAGCAAGGCCAAAGCCGAACUUGUUGACUUUACCAGCCAUGCUGAGGUGGCAAAACAGCCAGGUCACUAUGUUAUUUACUGGGAGAUUAAAGGAAAAGCCGAUGAGAGGGUCCUUAAAGAAUGUUGUGAAGCGAUGGACGCGUCGUUUGUGGACCAUGGCUAUGUCGUUUCGAGAAGAACCAACUCCAUAGGCCCUUUAGAGCUGUGCAUUGUGGAGAGAGGAACUUUUAAGAAAAUUUUGGAACAUUUUAUUAGGAAUGGGGCUGCCAUGAGCCAGUUCAAGACCCCUAGGUGCACCUCCAACCAGGUUAUUCUCAAAAUCUUAAAUGUUUGCACGAUUCAAAGGUUUCAUAGCACAGCCUAUGACUAAAAUGAACUCAAAAUGUUGAUUUUUUUUUAAUUGUAGAACCGUAAGGCGACCAAUAAAAAACCAUAUCCAGGAUUUCGUUCCUGUUUUGUCUGUUUUAAAAAUAAUAAAAAAAAAAAUCUGAUCAUAUGGGCCAUCUAUGAAACUUCGGCGUUUUCUUGCA